AUGUCACCUACGAGAUUUGAAGAUGAUCCAAUUACUACAGUACGAACGUCAUGGGUUCCACAGGUUCUUCGUCGAUCAGCGUCCGAAGACGUUGAACGUAACUCACUUAUUCAAGAUGGACCAGACAAGAAGAAAACACUACCUGGCUCGAAGAAAUCAAUGAGCAUUAUCGGUACAGAGAUUCUUCCACUGCGGCUCUCCAUUCCGUCCUUUAAUAUAGGAGAAGAAGACGUUAGUGUUGACAACUCUCUUGCAUCCACGGUCUGUGACAUUAGUCUCUAUAGAGAUAGUGAACUCCAGACAUUGCACAAGAAAAGCGACGUCAACGACAACGACGACGACCUACUGCGGAGCAUUGCCGAUGAUAUAAUCGGCUACAACGUGCCAUUCCAGUCACCUUUAGGUACGAAGGCGCAGUGCUAUGCGGACUACACGGCAAGUGGUAAGCCACUGAAGAGUAUUGAACAGUUUAUACGGAAUAAGGUCAUGCCGACUUAUGGCAACACGCACACGGCGACGUCCGUCACGGGGCUCCAGACCACAGCAUUUCGCAAUGAAGCUCGCGAACUGAUCGCGGACGCAGUGAACGCGUGCGAGACAAGGGAUGCGGUUUUGUUUGCUGGCCAAGGAUGUUCCAGCGCUAUCCAGAAGUUUAUAUCAGCACUUGGAAUUGGCACUUCCAAGCGACUUCGAAUUUCAUCCAAGCGUCCAGUGGUUUUCACAGGCCCAUACGCUCACCAUUCGAAUUUGCUGCCGUGGCGUGAAAGCAUUGCAGCCGACAUUGUCGAGAUCCCUGAAGCAACAGGUGGCGGGCUGGACAUGACAGAGCUGGAGAGGCAUUUGAAGCACUACAGCGGGCGCAAACUCAAAGUUGGCACCUUUAGUGCUGCUUCAAACCUUACAGGAAUACUGAUAGACGUCGAUAAGAUUUCCAGGCUUCUUCACAAAUACGGUGCAUUAGCGUGCUGGGACUAUGCUACUUGUGCGCCGUACGUACCGAUUAAUAUGAACCCGAGCGACCCGAUGGCUUACAAAGACGCCAUCUUUUUUUCGGGUCAUAAGUUUAUCGGCGGUCCGGGAUCUCCUGGUGUGCUGGUUGUGAAGAAAGUACUCAUGCAAAAUGAGGUGCCGACGAUGCCUGGUGGUGGUACUGUAUUGUUUGUCACUGAAAAAUCUCAAAUCUACUUGACAGAUAUCGUAGAGCGCGAGGAAGGUGGAACACCGGACAUUUUGGGAACCAUUCGGCUUGGUCUUGCGUUUGCACUUAAACAGCGCGUUGGGGCGAAGACAAUCAUGUUCCACGAACGUCGUCACGUUCAACGCGUGCGAGAGUCUUUCGGCAAAAACAAGCACAUUAUACUUCUCGGUCGCCAGAGCAAUGACAUUGAACAGUUGCCUAUCUUUUCAAUGAUGAUCCGCUACGGCGAUCGAUUCCUGCACCACAACUUUGUGUGUAUACUGUUGAAUGACCUUUUUGGUAUUCAGGCUCGAGGUGGCUGCCAAUGUGCCGGUCCAUUCGGAGCUCGUCUGCUUGGAAUCAGCAAGGACAACACCAUUGCUCUAGGAAACGCUACAGCAAAGAGAGAUGAAGUGAUUAAGCCAGGUGUUGUGCGGAUGAGCUUCCCAUAUUUUGCCGAUGACGCAGAGAUUGAAUACAUUUUGGAUGCAGUUCACUUUGUGGCCGACCACGGUUGGAAAUUUCUUCCGCAGUAUGACUUUGACAUUCACUCGGCAGUAUGGUACCAUAUGUCGCAAGCAAAAGAUAAACUGCCGAUGAUGAGCUAUUUGUCUGAGCUGCAAUUCUUCAACGAAGACAUCAGCAGCUCGUUGACGGUUGAUGAACCCGUUUGCAGUAUCUCAACGCAUCGACGUGAAAACUUGGAGCAGGCUGCAUUGCAGGCGGACAUUUGUAUAAAGGAAGCCGCGUCACUCGCUUCGUUCCCUGAGGGUCAAAAGGUACUUGAGGGCCAUGAGGGAUUGCGUUGGUUUAUGUACUCGUACGAAGUUGUCGCAGAUUACAAGAAAUACGGUGGCAUGGCUCCACUUAGCGACAAGAUCGCCGGUCCAUGUCAACCACAUUUGUACCUAAAAGAUGCAAUGAAUCACAUUUGGGACGGCUACCCAUCCAUGUCAAAGCUGAAACGGAGUCGCGUGGGGAGGUUAAUGCUUCGUCACACAUUGUCGUCUCCUUGA